AUGCUUUGCGCAUCUGCCGUGACAGCAACUAUUCUUGAGAAUGGUCGUCCAAGAAUCACUGAUUUCCCGGAUACCAAAGUGAACUUAGCAGACGGCCAGUAUGAGACUUACAAUGCCGACGCGGAAGAAAUCUCCUACAAGGGCCGUUGGGACUCCAAGAUGAUAUCUUGGUGGGCCGGUCCAGGCAUCAAGUUUGGCUUCACAGGUCAGAGCGUCGCUGUCACUUUCGGCAACGAGACGAUCAACAGCACUCUGGUUGCCUACAGAAUUGCUGGGUUAGACUGGAUGCACACCAAUGUCACGGCGGGCGCCACGCACCUUUUUGUGAGCCCCGAGACGCCGGGAAUUGAACUCACAGGUCCCAUCAGCCCCGUUACUUUCGAGAUGAGAGUGACGAACUGGGCAUAUGGAGUACAGAUUGACAAGGUUCAUGUGGCUGCCGGCGAGAAGCUUGUCAGGAUUCCAGACUACCCACGUCGGGUCGAAUUCAUUGGCGACAGUCUAUCGGCAGGCAUGUACAACACGUAUGAAGCUCUGGCGGGCUUUGCGUAUGGCGUCGGUGCAGGUCUCGGAAACACUGAGUACUCAAUCACAGCGUAUCCAGGCAUCUGUGUGUCUGAUCAAGAUUGCUGGGGAAAUCCUCGAGGGCAGUCCCAUCAAUGGUUCUACACAUCUGACACUGGUGGGAGGGCAGCCGAGGUAUGGGGAGAAACCCCUGAGCCUUGGGACUUUUCCAGAAACCCAGCUGCAGACCUCGUCGUCAUCAACCUUGGAACCAACGAUGCCAACGCCGCGAACAAUGUCACCAAGUCUACCUAUGUGGAGAGUUAUAAGAAACUCAUCCAGGGCGUUCAUGGAAAGUGGCCCGAAGCACAGGUCAUCAUCAUGCAAAUGUGGCAAGGCUUUUUCCAAGAUGGAAAUACUUACGGCCAAAACACGGAUCUGAGAGACGAAGUGUACAGCGUGUAUGAGUACUUCAACACGGAGGAGUAUCUCGGCGACCCGAUCACUUGGGAUGCCAUCACCAACACGACAUCUACCACAGGUAAACCAGCCAAGCCAUUUGUGCACUUCUUCAACACAACCGGCAUCUUGCAGCACAACGAUAUCGCGCCACAGUGGCACCCCACGGAUGUCGGGCAGAUCAAGGUUGCCAGCCACCUCAUCCAGUACAUCACUUUGAAGCUUGGUUGGCCACUCUACGCUACCGGACCUGAGGUUUAUCAUGAGACUCUGUACUGGAACGAUCAGUCUAGCUAUUAA